AUGCCAACCACGAGGACCCUCAAAUUAGAGACAGAAUCCUCAUCCCCGCAAGCUCCUCCUUGCCUUAGGACAAAUACUUCGUCUUCGCCUUGCAUCUACCCUCCAUCUUCACUAUCAUUCUCCAAUCUAAGGCCAACUCCGUUCCCAAUACAAGCGCUUACUGGACUCACAGCUCCCUCGUCCCCUGAUGCUUUUUGUCACAGAACUACUAUGGACAACUUUCCAGCGGCAGCUGAUUUUCCGCCCCGUUUCGAUUCUCAUAAGGGGCAAUAUUCACGUCCAAAUGGUCAGCCUCAUAGGAGCCCAGGCUGCUUAUCCUCACUCCAACUGUCCCACUUAUCGGCUAGCCAGAGUCAUUUGACGGUUUUGGCCGCCGCCUAUGCAGAAGCUUCGACCGGCCUAUCAACUUUACAAACUUUUUUGCCGCCAAUCGCAUCACCCAAAUCGCGGGCCGCCGACUCAUUGUCAGCGGGUCCUCAGCAGACUAGCUUAAUCACUUUAGUUUCUACCAGACAACCAAUCUCCCCCUGUGGCUGUUCGAGCAGCUCUAUAAACACUGAGCCUCAUAUUCCGGUUAUCUCUCAAGUCGCCACCUAUUCCUACUUCCCAUCGCAUGCCUCAUCCUCUUCCUCAUCCUCAAACUCCUCCUCCUCUCCUAUGUCGGCGUCGAAGGCAUGCUACUCAGGCGCUGGGUGUUUUGGACCUGGAGACACUCCCCAAGCAGAUGAGUCGAUCUGUGAGAGCCUGCUGACGAGUUGGCGUAUGAGAGAAGAGGGUAGCUGGACGAAAGAAAAGCGAGGGGCAUCAGGUCACCAGUCCAGCCUUACUCUGGGAUCAGGAAGCACAGCCGAACCCAUCGAUCAUCUAUACACAAUGCAAGAGACCUACUUUUCUAGCUGA